AUGCCUUCGAGAGUAGAUACAGAUCAAACGGGCGAUGAUGGAAACAGGUCUACGCUCACGAAGCUUAGUCAAGCUCAAUUCGAUCCUGUGGAUUUUCUCAAUGAUGCGCUGCCGAACUUGAGUCUGUCUACCCAACCGCUGCCUUCAAAGAUCAGCCGAUCGUCACAAGUGCAGGGCGCCGCCACGGAAGCACUUGCUUUAUUCUCAAGUCUCAGUACCAUCAACAUCCGGUCAUCUUCAGAGUUGUCUUCGCUGACGGACGAGAUCAUUCGCAGCGGAAAUCGAUUGGCAUACGAGGUGGAGGUUCUUCGAGGCGAUGUGAACGGAUUUCAUGAGUUGUUGACCGAGUCAUUGCGUGAAGAUAUCGACGAGUUUGUCAAGGAUGAGGCGUCAACGGGCCACGCUGCACCAUCGCUUGAACCCGAGGCUGACGGCGGCGAAAUGGUGCAUAUCCGAGCGCCGACCGACGAACCUGACUUCAUGGCUCGUUUACGACUGCUCAGCAGAGUCAAAACGCGUCUGGAGUCGGUCAUUACGAUAUUUGGUGAAGCAAUGAAGUGGCCAGUACCGCCAUCCGAGGUGUCAGGAGCGUCGCUAAUUUCUGUGUCCGCUCCAGAGUUGGGCAUACAGAGCUCAGCAGAGGAUGAUCAAGCAAACGAAGUCUUAAAACAAAUACGAGACGAAAUCAGUGAGCUGCUGGCAUCAGACGCAGGACCCUAUACCGGCGUAGAAGCUGCAUCACGGAAAGUCGAAGAAUACACAAAGCUGGCAACGCUCUGGAAGGGAACAGGAGAGGAGAAGGCAAGGCUAAAGUUUGUGGAUUCAUUGGCCAAACUUGUGGAAGACAGGAGCAGAGCACUGGAUGCACGAGGGACUGCUCGCAAUCCGAGGCAAGACAGCUCUGCCCGUUCCAGCUCGGCAACUGCAAGAAACAUGAAAGGUGCAAACGAGGGUAGUGGUGCGACGGGAUUGUUCAGAAACUUGCAACGUCUGAAGGAUGAUUUGUAUCUUGACUGA